UCUCUCGCACACACACAAAACUCUGAUUCUCCUUUUCUGUCCCCCUCCUCGGCUCUCUGCCUCUGCUCUCUCAGACCUGUACCUGAAGCCCCAACGACCUCCUUUCCGUCAGCGCUACUCCCCAACUCCUGAUCUUCCCCCUUCCCCUGGCAUCCAGCUCUGCUGCAAGCAUUCCUCCGUCCUUCAGCCGGUGUCUUGCUCCCCUUUCCCCAAGCGUGACUCCCACCCAUGCUCGCCCAAACUUCCCCAAGAAGAUCUCCUACCCCGAUUUCCCUUCCACCGGUCUACCCACCCUGCACCCUUUAAGGCUCCUUCCCAUACAACACUAACCCUGUUACACCUCCCUCCUGUACACACCCUACCUCAAACUUCCCACCCGGCGAGUCACUCCCACCCUCUCCUCAUACCUCUUACCCUCCUCCCCGCAGGAUCACCUUCUCUGUUCUCCCUGUUCCCCCGCGCUCCCCCCGCCCCACCCCGUCCUUCACCUCCUCCACGUCUUUCCCCCAUCCUCCAAUUCUCUCGCUGAGGAGCGUCCCCCGCCUCCCUAGCAGCUUUUUACCUCCUCCAGCCUCCCAGAUCACCCUUGCCUCUCCGUUUCUCUCAUCCCCGCGUCCCCCGUGACUCCAUCCGCUCCCCCACCUUCCAUAGCCCCCAUCCCCCGUGACUCCCCCCAUCCCUCCAUCGCACUCUCCUCCGCUCAGUCCUCCAGAAUCCCCCCUGCUGCUCCCUCGCCCCAUCCUGCUCGCCGCGCUCCCGCCCCAGUCCGGCUCGGCUUCCCGGCUGCGCGCUCCAGGUCCGGUACGCGCCAUGGGCAGCGGCAGUAGCCGGAGCGGCCGAAUCCUGAGGCGGCGGCGCAGUCCUGACAGGCGCCAGACAGGCCCGGGAGAGACAGCCUUGGAGGGCGGCGCGGCUGACCAGGCCAAGACAGCCGCGGUGCAGGAGGAGUGCGGCCCUGAUCCCCGCCCCGCGACGCCCCCCGGUGGCCGGGAGGAGACCCUGCGCCUGCUGGACCAGUUGCUGGCCGAGUCAGAGGUCUGGGGACCCCAGGAGCAGACCCCACGAGGCCCCGCCCGGCUCCCACCCGCGGUGUCCCCAGAAAAGAAGGUUACGGGCAACCCUGAAGACAGCUGUGCCUCUGAAGCCCCAGGCAGCAGCCCCAAGAGACCCGAGGGGCAGUCGGCCAUCUCCUAUGAUUACUCGGAAGAGGAGCUCAUGGCGAGCAUCGAGCGGGAAUACUGCCGCUGAGCCGGAUAAGUGGCCCUGGACACCACUGCCCAGGCCUUGUAGGUCUGUGAGCUGGGCUAGAGCCAAAGGCACCAGCUUACCUACCCACGACCUAGCCGGAGGGGAAUACAGCUAUCUUCCCAAACUGAUCUUUUAAGGUUCACGGCUGGAGUCCUGCUGAUGGCCUGGCCGACCAAGAGUGAGGGGCAAGUAGGUGCCAGGCCACAGGCGUGUGCGUACCUCCUCUUACUUUGAGGGGUAGCCUGGCCGUGUGGUUCCCCUGAAUCUGAACUGUUUGUCUGCUCUGCCCAGGUGGGAAAGGGUCGACCUGUCUUGGCAUCUGUGCCACAGGCUUCUAGAAGUUUCCACCAAGGAAUGUUCUCAGUCUCCACACUAAGAUUAGUCCCGUGCAGUUACCUCCAUGGAUGUCAGUUUCCACGGGCACACAAGGGGCCCAAGUAUAUGGAUGGGGGGGCAGGUGCUGAGCGUGUAGGUCUAGGCGGGUCCAGAGAUUGCAUUUCUGACAGCAUAGAGGUAGUGACAAGCUGCAGGUGCAAGGACUUAGGGCCUGAGUCCCUUGGCUUCUCCCUUCCGUAUGCGGGAGGCUCCUCCGAGCUACGGUGUAACAGCCUCCCCUGCUUGGAUGGAGGAGGAGGAGAGGGGGCUGGGAACCACAGAUGCUCUGGCGUCCCACUAUUCCAUUAGCUUGGUAUCACUUCCCUCUGGGCCUCUUGGUUUCUCUCUUGGGGAGAAUCCUGGAGGUUCUUUGAGGUCUUUCAGGCCCUAUCAGUUGGGCGGCUCUAUCUUCCUACCAGGGCGCUGCCAUCUUCGGAGGGCCAUCGUGCUUUAUGCAUCCUACUGAGAGCAGGGCUGCAUUGGAGCUGAGAGAGGUGUGCGUGUAGAGGUUCGUGGCAACUCUUCUCCAGUUUCCCUUCUGGCUGGCAGUCUGGCUAACACAAAGGGCCUCUUCUCCUUCUUCUUGCUUGAGUGGAAGGUAGUCACAAUAAUGAUGCCAAAGGGACCUCAAACAUUGACAGAUGGGAAUAGAGAGAGCCCGUGGGAAGGUCCUGUGUGGUCCUGUAGGGCCUUUCGUGGUCUUGCUCAGGUGUGGACGGACCCAGCUGGUAGACAGGGUUCGUAGAUUAGUGAGUGGAGGCACAAGUCUGCAUCCCUGAUAUCAUCAGGCUGGAGGGCUAUUGAGGCCUUAAAGGCUGCAUAGUGAAUUCAAAUUCAGCCUGGACUAUAUCGUGAGUCUGUCAGGAAAGGGGGCAGAGAAUCGGGAAACAACAGCAACUUUUGCUAAGGUCCAAACAGGCCUCAGCUUAGGUUGCAUCUCUGGACCAAGGCAGUGGCCUUCGCCAGCAUCUUCCCUCUCCUGAGAACAGCUGCCAGCCCAUGAAUCCUCAGAGCACAACCUACAUUACAGUAUCUCAGGAACCAAGGAAGAAUGGUCACUGAGACCGUCCCCACACCCACAGUCCUUUGCCGUCCCCUGCAAAUGAUUCCAUGAACUUGUGACUUGACAAGAGUGCCUUUGAGUGCUCAGUGGGGAGACUUGUGCUACGGUGGGAGCCCAGAGCCUUGGAGUGUCUGCUAGUCAGCUGAGGGUUGGGUCAAAACCUCCCAGAGCUAGCACCUGUAUCUUACUAGAGCCCAAAUGACUGCUUUUGCUAUGAAAAUGAAAGCUGUUUCUAUUUUAAUAACGCGAAUAUUAAAAAUGCUUAUUUUAAAAGAGGU